AUGGAUAGCCUGAAAAUUAGGUUGGAAUUACACAAAGAGCCCAGGGCAGAGGAGUCGAAGUCAAAGUUGAAGCUGGAAUUAAGUAAUAACGGUAACAAUGGUAAUAACGGUAAUAACAGUAACAAUGGUAAUAACGGUAACAACUGUAAUAACGGCAACAAUGGUAAUACCGGUAACAAUGGUAAUAACGGUAACAAUGGUAAUAACGGUAACAAUGGCAAUAACGGCAAUACCGGUAAUAACGGUAACAAUGGUAAUAACGGUAAUAACUGUAAUAACGGCAACAAUGGUAACAACGGUAACAAUGGUAAUAACGGUAACACCGGUAAUAACGGUAAUAACGGUAACAAUGGUAAUAACGGCAACAAUGGUAAUAACGGUAAUAACGGUAAUAACUGUAAUAACGGCAACAAUGGUAAUAACGGUAACAAUGGUAAUAACGGUAACAACGGUAAUAAUGGUGAUAACGGUAAUAACGGUAACAAUGGUAAUAACGGCAACAACGGUAAUAUUGGCGACAACGGUAAUAACGGUAACAAUGGCAAUAACGGUAACAAUGGUAAUAACGGUAACAAUGGUAAUAACGGUGAUAACGGUAAUAACGGUAAUAACAGCGAUAAUGGUAAUAACGGUAAUAACGGCGAUAACAGCGUCAACGGCGAUAAUGGUAAUAAUAACGGUGAUAACAGUGAUAACGGCGAUAACGGUAAUAAUAACGGUGAAAACGGUGAUAACGGUAAUAAUAACGGUGAUAACAGUAAUAAUAACGGUGAUAACGGCGAUAAUGGUAAUAACGGUAACAACUGUAAUAACGGUGAUAACAGUGAUAACGGCGAUAACGGUAAUAAUAACGGUGAUAAUGGUAAUAAUAACGGCGAAAACAGUGAUAACGGUAAUAAUAACGGUGAUAACGGUGAUACUGGUAAUAAUAACGGUGAUAACGGUGAUAAUGGUAAUAAUAACGGUGAAAACGGUGAUAACGGUAAUAAUAACGGUGAUAACGGUGAUAACGGUAAUGCCGGUAACAACGGUGAUAAUGGUAAUAAUAAUGGUGAUAACUGUAAUACUGGUAGCAACGGUGAUAAUGGUAAUAAUAACGGUGAAAACGGUGAUAACGGUAAUAAUAACGGUGAUAACGGUGAUAAAGGUAAUAAUAACGGUAAUAACGGCGAUAAAGGUAAUAAUAACGGCGAUAACGGUAAUAACAACGGUGAUAACGGUGAUAAAGGUAAUAAUAACUGCAAUAACGGUGAUAAAGGUAAUAAUAACGGUAAUAACGGUGAUAUCGGUAAUAAUAACGGUGAUAACGGUGAUAACAGUGAUAACGGUAACAACGGUGAUAACGGUGAUAAAGGUAAUAAUAACGGGGAAAACGGUGAUAAAGGUAAUAAUAACGGUAAUAACGGUGAUAACGGCAAUAAUAACAGUAAUAACAGUGAUAACGGUGAUAACGGUAAUAAUAUCGGCGAUAACGGUGAUAAAGGUAAUAAUAACGGCAAUAACGGUGAUAACGGUAAUAACAACGGUGAUAACGGUGAUAAAGGUAAUAAUAACUGUAAUAACGGUGAUAAAGGUAAUAAUAACGGUAAUAACGGUGAUAAAGGUAAUAAUAACGGUAAUAACGGUGAUAACGGUAAUAAUAACGGUGAUAACAGUGACAACGGUAACAACGGUGAUAACGGUGAUAACGGUGAUAAAGGUAAUAAUAACGGUGAAAACGGUGAUAAAGGUAAUAAUAACGGCAACAACGGUGAUAAAGGUAAUAAUAACGGUAAUAACGGUGAUAACGGUAAUAACGGUAAUAACGGUGAUAACGGUGAUAACGGUGAUAAAGGUAAUAAUAACGGUGAAAACGGUGAUAAAGGUAAUAAUAACGGUGAAAACGGCGAUAACGGUAAUAAUAACGGUAAUAACGGUGACAACGGUGAUAACGGUAAUAAGAACGGUAAUAACGGUGAUAACGGUGAUACCGGUAAUAAUAACGGUGAUAACGGUAAAAAUAACGGUGAUAACGGUAAAAAUAACAGUGAUAACGGUAAAAAAUAA